GAACCCAUCAAUGAGGAACAGCAAAGCAUCAUGAUAAUCAUUAUAUCCCCUACCAAAUGAUUAGAUGAGCUUUCCAGAAUUGUGGUUUCAAUCGAAAACCCAAUUUGUUUAAUUUGUUUUCUGCAAACCAUCGCGGCGCAUUCUAGCAAGGCUGGGACAGCCGUGGCAGAGACAAAUGCAGAGGCCAGCACGUGACCAAGUGAGAAAAUCCUGCAAAUUUUUCUUUGCUUUUGCUGCGGAGACAUCCCAUGGAUCUCUCUGAGCAAUCCCACGCAUCCCUUCAGCCCAAUCAGUGAAACAAAAGCUGUAAUUUUUUUUCAAAGAGAAAUUAAGAAUCUUUUUAACUGUUCUUUUAGUCCAAUUUUAAAUCUUUAUUUUUGUACCGUGUCUGCAUGCGUAGCUGUGAAGCCUUGGCAUCUUGUUUUGGCCGCUUUUGCGUGUUUGUAUUUUUCUGGGACGUAUGGAUAGAGAGUGUUGCAGCGACGAUCUUUUGAGAGGAUACGAUAUGAUUGAACACGAGAGCUGAACUAAGAACUAACCGACCUAGAAUUUGCGAGGAUCGCUAGCAAUCACGCAGAAAUCAAACCCCAGCUUCCUCAGAUUUAUGGGUUCUUGAAAUUUCCAGGAUUGAUACGCGUUUGUUUCUCGAGAAAAUCUCUCCUCUUUUCCUCUUCUUUUUUCUUUCCCAAAUCGCGCCUUUUUGACUCAGGGCUGUGCACAGUCGUGAAAGACAUUAACUUUAGGAUUUUGGGAUUUUGUUGUACCGGAAUUUUAGCAUCUGGGUGGUGGAGUUCGUGACACUUUGUGGACUCUGAAUUUUGAAUUCGACUGGAUAAAUCUGAAAGGGAUUAUUGGCAUAAGGCAAUGCCGGGGCUGUAAAUUCGUGAUAGAAUGGGUUUUCUGAUUGUUGGCUUUGGUCUCUCUGUUCAGUUUUUCCUGUUUCUGGUCGGGAAAUAUAGUUUCUGAAGUUCAUAACAGAGAAUGGAAAGAGGAGGGUUUAUGUUGAGGAGAUUAGGAUUGCUGGUCUUGACAUUGAUAGAGGCGGUUUCUGCUACUCUUUCUCCUGCUGGUAUAAACUAUGAAGCCAAUAUAUACUGGGCGUGCAGACCCAUGUAUAUGAACUAUUUUCUGCUCCUUUGAAAGAGAAUCUGAAGUGACUUCUUCUGUUUGGUAAAUCUGAAUCUGAUGCAGUGGUAGCUUUGAUGUCUAUAAAAAACUAUCUCUAUGAUCCAUACAAUGUUCUGGAGAGUUGGGAUAUUAAUUCAGUAGAUCCCUGUAGUUGGAGGAUGGUUACUUGCUCUCCAGAUGGUUAUGUCUCUGCUCUAGGACUGCCUAGCCAGAGCUUGUCUGGGAUCUUAUCGCCAGGGAUUGCAAACCUCAGUAACUUGCAAUCUGUGUUGCUGCAGAAUAAUGCUAUUUCAGGUCAUAUUCCUGCUGCAAUUGGAAAGUUGGAGAAGCUUCUGACGCUUGAUCUCUCCAACAAUAAGUUUGAUGGUGAAGUACCAAGUUCUUUGGGGGAACUCAAGAACCUUAACUAUUUGCGGCUAAACAACAAUAGCCUUACUGGACGAAUUCCUGAAUCUCUGUCCAAAGUUGAAGGUCUUACUCUUGUGGACCUUUCCUUCAAUAAUCUCAGUAGUCCCGUGCCUAAAAUAUCUGCAAGAACUUUCAAAAUAACGGGCAAUCGAUUAAUUUGUGGACCUAAUUCAGAUAACAAAUGUUCUGUUUAUCCGGAGCCACUCUCCUUGCCACCAGAUGGUGUAAGAGAUCAAUCUAAAUCAGGGACAAAAAGCCACCAUAUGGCUGUUGCUUUUGGAGUGAGCUUCAGUGCUGCUUUUUUAGUUGUACUAGUCAUUGUGUCACUUGUUUGGUGGAGAUAUAGACACAAUCAACAGAUUUUCUUUGAUGUCAAUGAUCAAUAUGAUCCUGAGGUAUGCUUGGGCCACUUGAAAAGGUACGCAUUCAAGGAACUACGGUCAGCAACUGAUCAUUUCAACUCGAAGAACAUUUUAGGGACAGGUGGAUUUGGAAUUGUCUACAAGGGUUGUUUAUUUGACGGAAAAGUUGUAGCUGUCAAAAGGUUGAAGGAUUAUAAUGCUGUUGGCGGUGAAAUUCAAUUUCAGACAGAAGUAGAGAUGAUAAGUUUGGCAGUGCAUCGAAAUGUUUUGCGGCUUUUGGGGUUCUGCACGACUGAAACUGAACGGCUUCUUGUUUAUCCUUACAUGCCAAAUGGGAGUGUAGCUUCUAGAUUAAGAGAUCAUGUUCGUGGUAGACCAGUUUUAGACUGGUCCAGGCGAAGGAUGAUUGCUUUAGGCACAGCAAGGGGUUUACUAUAUUUGCAUGAGCAGUGUGACCCUAAAGUUAUUCACCGUGAUGUUAAGGCAGCAAAUAUUUUGUUGGAUGAAGAUUUUGAGGCAGUUGUUGGAGAUUUUGGGUUAGCAAAGCUCUUGGAUCACCAUGAUUCCCAUGUGACUACAGCCGUUCGUGGCACUAUUGGACACAUUGCUCCGGAGUAUUUAUCAACCGGCCAGUCAUCGGAGAAAACUGAUGUGUUUGGGUAUGGGAUCUUGCUCCUAGAAUUAAUCACAGGCCAGAAGGCUCUGGACUUUGGACGGGUAGCAAACCAGAAAGGAGUAAUGCUUGAUUGGGUGAAAAAGCUUCAUCAGGAGGGAAAACUGAACCUUUUGGUGGACAAAGUUUUGAAGGGCAACUUUGAUAGGGUAGAGUUAGAAGAAAUGGUCCAAGUUGCCCUUUUAUGCACUCAGUUCAAUCCUUCUUACCGCCCAAAAAUGUCUGAAGUGUUAAGGAUGUUGGAAGGUGAUGGCUUAGCCGAGAAAUGGGCGGCCUCGCAAAAUGUUGAGACGCCGAGGUACCUUCGAUCUGUUGAAAUUCCUCCUCAAAGAUAUUCAGAUUUCAUAGAAGAAUAUUCACUAGUUGAAGCAAUGGAACUCUCUGGUCCCAGGUGACAAAACCCGUUUCUCUUUCUUUCUCUCCAUACAGUUCCUUUUCAUGUCAUUCGGUUGUUCAGCUUUGAAGUGAAAAAAUAUUUGAUUGGCAUUGAUAGCUGUGAACGAACUAUUCAGUCUGUAAAAAAGGGAAACAAUGUAUAAGGAUUUUGUCCUUUACUGAAAAGUUGGUUUGAGUCUUUAGUGCCUUUGUAAAAUAGUUUUGGAAUCACUCUAGGACUUUAUAUGUAACUAAGUUUUCACUUUGUUUUAAGUUGGCAAGGAAAUGUAAACCUAUCCCUGAUGUUAGCUUGCAGGAUUUCGCUUUCUCACUAUUAUUAUACGAUACAGGAAGCAUAUCUACAUUAUAUGCAUUUGUGAUCUUUGAAUUUUAA